AUGGGUACCAGUUCAACCUUAGACAAAAUUCUGGAUUCUUAUCGCAAUCCUAUUGAUAAAAAAGGGCUGGGAUUUGAAAGUGGACAGUCCUCAAUGUCUGCACUUGUUUUUAUCAAAGAAGGAACAUUCAUUGGUAGUUCAGAACUCAGUUAUGAAAGGUGCCAAUCAUCGAGAUCAACUCAGUUUUAUCAGAAAGGAAGUGUGUCUAGUCUGAUCACUGAGGCUACAAGAUCAAAGGAAGGAAAAUAUCGGAACAUAUCUAUCACUCCUUUCACAAGACAAGUUUGUGUCAGAAAAUUAGAAGUAAUCUGCUAUCCCACAAUAGUACUGACUGCCACUAUGACUGAAGCAAGAUGGUAUUUCGAAAGUGGCUGUUCGAGAUAUAUGACUAGGAACGCUAAGUAUCUUAUGUGUGUACAACCAAGUAGUGGAUCAGUGAUUUUUGGGGACGGACAAAAGAGAAAGAUAGUUGGUAAAGGUAUUAUAAAUGUGUCGGGAUUGCCACAUCUGGACGAAGUUUACUUGGUCAGUGGCCUGAGAGCAAGCCUUAUUAGUAUCAGUCAGCUGUGUGAUCAGAAUUGGAAUGUGUGUUUCAAUCGAGACUGCUGUAGUGUCCGUGAUAAGGCAGAUGGAGUUGUAAGGGGAGGAACUCGUUCAUCUAACAAUUGA